AUGGCGGCAGCUUCCGCGGCCAAUUGCGGUCCAUCAGAGCAGGAAGUGGGGGGAAACUCGGCGGAGGGCGCAGGCCGCUCUGCGUCGUUCGCCUUCCCGUGCGUCACGCACGCGCAGUCACAGCAGCACCGUGUGAACCCCAUAACCCACGCGCAGCUCAGCUGCCGCAGGACGACACUGAAGUACCAAGUAUCACCUCAUUCUUUGAAAUAUGCCAUUGAGUACAGUGCUUACGUGCAGCAACACCUAACGGCCGUACACUCAGCUGUUUGUACUACAGCUUUAUCUCAGAUCUCAGGCCGAGAGUAUCACAGUUCUAUGGUGACGAAACAAGGGAAAGAGGGCGAGGGCGAGGGAAAGAGGGCGAGGGCGAGGGAAAGAGGGCGAGGGCGAGGGAAAGAGGGCGAGGGCGAGGGAAAGAGGGCGAGGGCGAGGGCGAGGGAAAGAGGGCGAGGGAAAGAGGGCGAGGGCGAGGGAAAGAGGGCGAGGGAAAGAGGGCGAGGGAAAGAGGGCGAGGGAAAGAGGGCGAGGGAAAGAGGGCGAGGGAAAGAGGGCGAGGGAAAGAGGGCGAGGGAAAGAGGGCGAGGGCGAGGGAAAGAGGGCGAGGGCGAGGGAAAGAGGGCGAGGGCGAGGGAAAGAGGGCGAGGGCGAGGGAAAGAGGGCGAGGGCGAGGGAAAGAGGGCGAGGGCGAGGGCGAGGGAAAGAGGGCGAGGGCGAGGGAAAGAGGGCGAGGGCGAGGGAAAGAGGGCGAGGGCGAGGGCGAGGGAAAGAGGGCGAGGGCGAGGGAAAGAGGGCGAGGGCGAGGGAAAGAGGGCGAGGGCGAGGGAAAGAGGGCGAGGGCGAGGGAAAGAGGGCGAGGGCGAGGGAAAGAGGGCAAGGGAAAGAGGGCAAGGGAAAGAGGGCAAGGGAAAGAGGGCAAGGGAAAGAGGGCAAGGGAAAGAGGGCAAGGGAAAGAGGGCAAGGGAAAGAGGGCAAGGGAAAGAGGGCAAGGGAAAGAGGGCAAGGGAAAGAGGGCAAGGGAAAGAAGGCAAGGGAAAGAAGGCAAGGGAAAGAAGGCAAGGGAAAGAAGGCAAGGGAAAGAAGGCAAGGGAAAGAAGGCAAGGAAAGAAGGCAAGGAAAGAAGGCAAGGAAAGAAGGCAAGGGAAAGAAGGCAAGGGAAAGAAGGCAAGGGAAAGAAGGCAAGGGAAAGAAGGCAAGGGAAAGAAGGCAAGGGAAAGAAGGCAAGGGAAAGAAGGCAAGGGAAAGAAGGCAAGGGAAAGAAGGCAAGGGAAAGAAGGCAAGGGAAAGACUCUGGAGGGGCUGGAGGCGGCGCUGGAGGAUGGCCUGGAACCCAGCAUGCUGCCCUCCCGAGAGCAGGGGGCGCUGUGCAGGAGGGACUAG